AUGGAGCGGAACAUGAACGCCUGGGGCAACCGGCCGUGGCCCUCCGCGAGCAGGCUGGCCAUGCUGCCCACGGACAAGAUCUCCGCUAGCCGCACGUCGAACUGCGGCAACUUCAAGGAGGGCGUCUACAUCCCUUUCGGCCACUGCAUCGCGGCCACCGCGUACAUCAUCCCCGCUAAGAUUGUGCAGGAGGUGGUGGAGCUCUUCUACGAGCAGCUGUACAAGUGCCUCCUCAUCACGAGGGACCAGGACGAGUCGUACCCCUGCCUCAGCGAGCAGGUGAUCAUGACCCAGAUGGAGAUGGCCCGCCCAGGGCUCUACAACUUCAUCGGCAAGGGCUACGGCACCGGCAUCAUGAACAACCUCACUACCGACCUCGCCGAGCUCGGCGGGACCUCCGACCUCUUCACCUUCCUCGGCGCCGAGGACGGAGAGGUCACGACGAUGCUGUCCGACAGCAGGAGCGCGGGCGACAUCGAGGGCUACGACCUGAAGCCGUCCAACUUCACACUGUCCAUCGUGGUAAAGAUGUGGGGCAAGAGGCGUGACCUCGAUCGCGCAUUCGCCGCUGUGCGUGAAGCGCUCCAGGGCGACCAGCGGCGCCAGGUGGACUCCCUCGUGGGCGCCUGCCUCGUGGGGGCCUGCCUGCACAACCGCAACCCCGACCGCGCCCUGGAGGCGCUCUCCGAGAUCAAGGCGCAGCCCCGAUUGGAGGGCCCCUGCGCCAGCACCUACAGCUCGCUCGUGUGCGGGCUGGUUCGCUGUGGCCGCCUGCACAAGGCGGUGGAGAUCGCGGAGGAGGCCAGCCUCGGCGGCCAGAGCUCGGCGAAGGCGGCGGGGCUGACCCCCGAGGCCCUCCAGCAGCUGCUCCGGGCACUGCAGCAGCAGGGCCUGGCGGGCGAGCUGGGGGCCCCGCUCGCCGAGCGGCUGCGGGCGGCAGGCGUCCCCAGCGCGCGCGCCCUCGGCCGCGACGCGCCACGGCACCAGCCAACGGCCGGCCGCCAGCGCGCAUGAGGCGCCGCCCGCGCCGCCCGUCCGCGCCCCGACGAGAUCCGCCUUCGUCGGCCGGCGGCGGCGGCGUCGUCGUCGUCGCUGUCGCCGUUGCCGGCUCUGCGGCCGCCGCCUCUUCUUCCGAACCUCCCACAGGCAAGGCAGCCCUGCGAGUUCUGCGGGCGUAUGGGCGUGCGUGGCCACAAGCGCGGGCACGCCAGAAAAAGGUGCGGCCUCGCGGAGCGACGCUGCCGCGCGGAGGGGGUCCAGAG